UAGCGCUUGGGCUAGUUUGUGGUGGCUGAUACCUUGACCUGUGUGGCCCGCACUUCCGCGCCACCGCCGGACGAGGGGUCACCGGGGCUCCGCGUGGGCCGGAUAGGCCAGAGACCGUGGAGAAACUGACCCAAACCCGCCAGGCUCGGCGGGAGCCGCCCAAGGCCUUCAGAGAUGGUCCUGGAGGCGCGGGCGCCGCGAUGCUGACUGGACCCACUGAGGCAUGUGUGGCCACGGCAGGAGCCACAGCCUGAGUGACAUGGACAGGACCCGAUGCUCCCAAACCCACGAGUAAUGAAGAUGUGAAAUCGAGGCAGCAGCUCACAAAGCCGGGAUGGAAGGACUCUUGACGGUUGCCGUCCAGCAAGACUCUGAGUUGGAAGAAACCCCGAAACACGAAGGUCAUUUCAGGGAUGGCCAGGAGAACCAGGAGGUCCACGAGGAAGACCCCACGGAGGACUGCAUCCCAGAGCAUGAUGAAUGCACCAGAACCCCCAGGACCAGAUCGAGCCCCACAACUACCCAGGCUGACUGCAGGCCCCAGAGGCGCGGUGCACCAAGAAAGAACCCAAACCAGAAGAACACAGACGCCAGCGCAGAGGAGGAGGAGGAACGAGGUGGUGGCACCAGAAAGCCGUGGAAGUGUCAGGACUGUGGAAAGGCCUUCAGCUACUGCUCGGCCUUCACCCUGCACCAAAGAACCCACACAGGGGAGAAGCCGUUCUCCUGCCCCGACUGCAGCAAGGCCUUUAGCCAGAGCGUGCACCUGAUGCUGCACCGGCAGACACACACGGGUGAGCGGCCCUACACAUGCGGUGAGUGCGGUAAGGCCUUUAGCCAGGGCUCCUACCUGGCAGCGCACCGGCGCACACACACGGGCCAGCGGCCACACAGCUGUGCAGACUGUGGUAAGGCUUUCAUGCGCCCCACGCACCUGGCGCAGCACCGGCGUGUGCACACAGGCGAGCGGCCCUUCGUGUGUGGCCAGUGUGCCAAGACCUUUCGCAACCGCUCCUCCCUGCUGGAGCACCAGCGCAUCCACACGGGCGAGAAGCCAUUCGUGUGUGCACAGUGCGACAAGGCCUUCCGCUUCUCCUCGGCGCUCAUCCGCCACCAGCGCACGCACACUGCCGAGCGGCCCUACGCCUGUGGCCAGUGUGCCAAGGCCUUCACGCAGAUCACGCACCUGGCGCUGCACCGUCGCGUGCACACAGGCGAGAAGCCCUACACGUGCCCCGAGUGUGGUGUGCCCUUCAGCCAGAGCGCCUCGCUGGCCGAGCACCGGCGCAUCCACACAGGCGAGAAGCCGUACACGUGCGCGCAGUGCGGCAAGGCCUUCACGCAGGUGUCGCACCUGAGCCAGCACCGGCGCAUGCACACUGGAGAGCGGCCCUACGCCUGCCGGGACUGCGGCCGUGCCUUCAGCAACCGCUCACACCUGGUGCAGCACCACCUCGUGCACACGGGGGUGCAGCCCUACAAGUGCCUGGAGUGCGGCACCACCUUCAGCCACGUGUCCUCCCUAAUUGAGCACCAGAAGGUCCACACCGGAGAGAAGCCCUACCGGUGCAGGGAUUGCGGCCGUGCCUUCAGCCAGGGCUCAUCGCUGACGCUGCACCGGCGCACACACACCGGUGAGCGGCCCUACGCGUGCCCUGAGUGCGGCAAGGCCUUCAGCAACCGCUCCUACCUGAUCCAGCACCACAUCGUGCACACCGGGGAGAAGCCGUACGAGUGCAGUGGCUGCGGCAAGGCCUUCGGCUUCUCCUCCGCCCUCAUUCGACACCAGAGGACACACGCUGACGAAGGUGGGGGACACCUUUGCCCAGUUGCCACACCUGACUCAACACCUGAGCUCUGACCAGGAGGAGGAGCCUGUUGACGGGGGUGGUCCUGCAGAAACCGUGGUGGACCAGCCCAAGAAUGAGGGCUGAGGGCUGCCAGGGCCUCCUAUAGGCAGGCACCCUGCUGAGCCUUUUAUACCUUGUGCUCGGGCUCUCAGCACUAGCGGGUAGAUACCCUACCAUCCCCAUGUUGCCAAUGAGGAAACCAAGGCUCUGGGAGGCUCCAUGGGGUGCCCGAGAUCACACAGGAAGGAUGUCACAGGGUCAGGACUGGACCUCGCAUCUACCAGACUCACCUCCACCACCUCCCUGGUUCAAAAUUCUAAUUGUGACCCAUGAAAGUAGACCCGAAGAUAUAUCUGUGGGUCUCUGGUCGGCCUUUUGAUCAUUUUAUGACUGAGUAGACAUUUGGUCCACACAUUUAAAUAAAAGGUUCAGUUCCUUUGGUGCAGUUGGCAUGGUAACAGGGAGCAGGGUCUUAAGAAUAAAUGUGGGGACUUCCUGGUGGUGCAGUGGUUAAGAAUCCGCCUGCCAAUGUAGGGGACGUGGGUUCGAGUCCUGGUCCAGGAAGACCCCACAUGCCGCAGAGCAACUAAGCCCAUGCACCACAGCUACUGAGCCUGCGCUCUAGAGCCCGUGAGCCACAACUACUGAAGCCUGUGCACCUAGAGCCCGUGCUCUGCAACAAGAGAAGCCACCCCAAUGAGAAUCCCACGCACCACAACGAAGAGUAGCCCCUGCUCGCCGCAAGUAGAGAAAGCCCGCACGCAGCAAUGAAGACCCCAUGCAGCCAUAAGUAAAUAAAUAAAUAAAUUUAUAAAAAAAUAAAUGUGGAUCCCUAGGACUGAAACAGUGCUUCCAAAAUUAGAGAAAAAUGAGCAGAGAACUCCAGGGCAGGGAAAGUUGUUUUAGAAGGAAGCACCUCUCCCCUGACAGACCUGUGGAGGGUGAUUUUUAGAGUGGACCCCAGUCUUUUUUUCAGUAUGAGGAAACACCUCCCCUUUCCAGAUGUUUUCCCCCAACUCAAAGUCCUGACUUUCAUGGUUGUCUCUGUUAGCUCUUGCCAAGUAACAAGUCGCCCAGAAUGUCCAUUUAGUGUUUCCCAUGCAGGGUGGUGCUGGAGGUCUGGACCAGUUUCAUUCGAUGUUGGGAAGGGGAGGGCCCACCAUACCAGCCUCUUUCUCGGACCUCUGGGAGUGUGGGAACGUGUAAGCACCAGCGAUUGGCCACAGAGUGGAGGCGGGACUGAAAUCAGAGCUGAUCCUCAGCGGCUGUCCACACCUUGGAUUUACAUUACUGCCACCACCUUUGUAAACUCAGUGCCUGCAGGACAGCCAAGUGGACUGCAGGUGUUCCCACAGUUGGGAUAGUCUGGCAUUAGCAGCUGUGUGGCUGGCCUGGAGUCUGGGCUGCUUCCGCUGCAGUCCCGAUACCUGACUUCAGUGGAUCAGUGUCUACAAAUCUGUGCUUGUAGUUUUGUGAACACAGCACCUGAGGGACAUCUGGGCUGAUUUCUUGCCUUCCCGCAGUGGAGGCAGGGCCGAGGGCAGUGCCAACAACAGUGUACUUUGUGAGCCCACACGACAGGUGACAAGUGACACCACAGCGUGCUGCCUGAUGGGCAGCUCCAACUGAGGAAUACUCACUGACUCCUCUCCCAUCCCACCCCCGUCACACCACAGCUUAGUAAUGGGUCUGGGGGCCUCUACUCCAACAACUAGGGAGCAUGCCCUUACCCCAACAGGGCAGUGAAAACCACAGAUCAAAGAGGAGGCCCCACUCACCAUCCAGGGCAGGCUCUGGUCACCGCAACACCAGUCACACCCCCUAUCAAGCAGAUAAUGGCCAGCACACACUGAGGAAAGACGCAGCAGGCAUCCAUAUAAAAGCAGCCCUCGCACCAAAAGUACUAAAACCACACAGGCUACACAAGGACAUUCCAUAUAAAAAUAGCCCUUGGGAGUUCCCUGGUGGUCUAGUGGUUAGGAUUUGGUGCUUUCAUUGCCAUGGCCCACGUUCAGUCCCUGGUCAGAGAACUGAGAUCCCGCAAGACAUGCAGCAUGUUUAGCCAACAUAAAAACAAACAAACAAAAAAGCCCUCUAAGACCACAGUAGAUAACUGUUCCUCCUAAACCCAUAGGGUAAGAGAAAUAUAAGUAAAAUGAAGAAGCAGAGGCAUCACUCCAGAUUAAAAGAUCAAGAGAAUUCCCCUGAAAGAACAAACAAUGAAACAGACCGCCUCAGUCUAAUAGACACUGAAUUUAAAAAAGGAGAUAAUGAAAAUACUGAAGGAAUUAAGAAGAGAUAUUGAUAGAAAUGCAGAUUACUGUAAAAAGAAACUAGAAGCUAUAAAAGGAACCAAGAAAAAUUUAAAAAUUCAUUUGGUGAGAUGAAAGAUGAGCUACAGACAAUAAAUAGCAGAUUGAAUAUGGAAAAGAAUGAAUAAGUGAUCUGGAAGAUAGAAUAAUGGAAAUCUCCCAAUCAGAGCAGCAGACAGAAAGCCAAAUGAAGAAAAAAAAGAAGAAAGCAAUAUAAGAGACCUAUGGGAUAAUAUAAAGCAUGCCAAUAUAUGCAAAAUAGGGAUACCAGAAGGAGAAGAAAGAGAAAAGGGGAUUGAAAAUGUAUUUGAAGAAAUUAUGGCUGAAAAUUUCCCAAACCUAAAGAAGGAAACAGAUAUCCAGGUACAGGAAGCACAGAGGGUCCCAAACAAGAUGAACCCAAACAGACCUACACCAAAACAUAUCAUAAUUAAAAUGGCAAAAGUUAAAGAGGGGAUUCUAAAGGCAGCAAAAGAAAUACAAAGUUAAUUACAAGGGAACCCCCAUAAGGCUAUCAGGUAAUUUCUCUACAGAAACAUUGCAGGUUAGAAGGGAGUGGCAAGAUACAUUCAAAGUCCUGAAAGGGAAAAAUCUGCAACCUAGGAUACUCUACCCAGCAAGAUUAUUUAGAAGAAGAAUAGAAUAGAAGAAGAGAUAAAGAAAUUCUCAGAUAAGCAAAAAGUAAAAGAAUACAGCAAUAGUAAAACCUAGCCCAAAGGAAAUAUUGAAAGGCCUUCUCUAAAUAGAAAAGCAGCAAGACUCUAUAGGAAAGAGAAAAUCACAACUGGAAAGUAAAUCACUUAAAUAAGCCAGUGCACAGAUUUUUUAAAAAUCAAAAAAAAUUUCUGCAAAAUUUUCUGUGAAAGUGCUGAUAACCACAAUGAAUGGCAGAAGGAUAAACAUGCAGAUGUAAAAGAGGACAUCAAAAUCAUACAAUGUGGGGGAGGAGAGUAAGAAAAUGUAGUGGGUUUAUUUUUUUUCAGAAGGUGUUUCAGCUUAUAUGACUACCAGUCCAAGCAAGUAGAUAUAGGAAGAUGUUAACAUACUUGAAAAACAGGGUAACCACAAAUCAAAAAACAUACAAUAGAUUCACGAAAACCAAAAAGAAGAGAACACAAGCAUAAUACAAAAGAAAAUCAUCAAACCACAAAAGGAAAAACAAAAAGAAAGGAACAAGAAGAAAUACAAAAUCAACGGGAAAACAAGGUUUAAAAUGGCAAUAAGUACAUAUCUAUCAACAAUUACCUUAAAUGACAAUGGACUAAAUGCUCCAAUAAAAAGACAUAGAGUGGCAGGUUGGAUUAAAAAAAAACAAAAAAGCCUACAAUAUACUGCCUACAAGAGACCCACUUUGGGGCAAAGGACACACAUAGAUUGAAAGUGAGCGGAUGGAAAAGGAUAUUUCAUGCAAAUGGAAAUGACAAGAAAGCAGGGGUCACAAUACUCAUAUCAAACAAAACAGAGGCUAUAAACAGGAAAGAUAAAGAAGGACACUAUAUAACAAUAAAAGAAGAGGAUAUUACACUUGUCAACAUAUAUGCACCAAUAUAGGAGCACCCAAAUGCAUGAAAUUAAUACUAACAGACAUAAAGGCAGAAAUCAAUGGGACUACAACACCCCACUCACAUCAAUGGACAGAUCUUCCAGACAGAAAAUCAAUAAGGCAACAGAGAUCCUAAAUGAUACAAUAGAAUAGUUAGACUUAAUUGAUAUUUUCAGGACAUUACAUCCAAAAGAACCCAGAAUACACAUUCUUUUCAAGUGCACAUGGAAAAUUCUCUAAGAUUGAUUACAUACUAGGGCAUAAAACAAGCCUCAACAAAUUUAAAAGAGUAUAGAAAUUAUUUCAAGCAUCUUUUCUGACCACAAGAGCAUGAAACUAGAAAUCAACCACAGGAAAAAAAAAUGAGAAAAACAACAAUUACAUGGAGAAUAAACAACAUGCUACUAAAAAACCAAUGGGUCAAGGAGGAAAUCAAAGAGGAAAUUAAAAAAUACCUUGAGACAAAUGACAAUGAAAACAAUCAUACAAAAUCUAUGGGAAGCAGCAAAAGCAGUUCUUAGAGGGAAGUUCAUAGUGAUACAGGCCUUCUUCAAGAAAUAGGAAAAAUCUCAAAUAAACUAACCUACCACCUAAAAGAAUUAGAAAAAGAAGAAUAAACAAAAUCUAAAGUCAGCAGAAGGAAUGAAAUAAUAAAGAUCAGAGAGGAAAUAAAAUAGAGAUUUUUAAAAGCAAUAGAAAAAAAUCAAUAAGACAAAGAGCUGGUUCUUUGAAAGGGUAAAAAAAAUUGACAAACCUUUGGCCAGGCUCACCAAGAAGAAAAGAGAGAGGACCCAAAUAAACAAAAUAAGAAAUGAAAGAGGAGAAAUAGCAACUGAUACCACAGAAAUGCAAUAAAAAAAGAGAAUACUAUGAACAAUUAUAUGCCAACAAAUUGGACAACCUAGAAGAAAUGGACAAGUUUUUAGAAACAUACAGUGCACCAAAACUGAAUCAAAAAGAAAUAGAUAAUUUGAACAGAGCAAUCACUAGAAAUAAAAUAGAAUCUGUAAUUUAAAAAAAAAAAAGACUUCCUACAAACAAAAGUUCAGGACCAGAUGGCUUCACAGGUGAAUUCUACCAAACAUACAAAGAAGAACUUAUAUACUAAUCCUUUUUAAACUCUUCCAAAAGAUUGAAGAGGAGGGAACACUCCCAAAGACAUUCUAUGAAUCCAGCAUCACCCGGAUACCAAAACCAGACAAAGACACCACCAAAAAAAGAAAAUUACAGUCCAAUAUCUUUGAUGAAUGUAGAUGGGAAAAUUCUCAACAAAAUAUUAGCAAACUGAAUCCAACAACACAUAAAAAAGUUUGUACACCACAACCAAGUUGGAUUCAUCCCAGGAUCACAAGGAUGGUUCAACAUACACAAAUCAAUCAAUGUGAUAUACCACAUCAACAAAAGAAAAGAAAAAAACCACAUGAUCAUCUCAAUAGAUGCAGAAAAGGUAUUUUAUAAAAUUCAACAUCCAGUCAUGAUAAAAAGUUAUGAAAGUGGGUAUAGAGGGAACAUAUCUCAACAUAAUAAAAGCUGUUUAUGACAAACCCACAGGCAAGAUAAUACUCAAUGAUGAAAAGCUGAAAGCCUUCCUACUAAAAUCUGGAAUCUAACACAACAUUGUAAAUCAAGUAUUUACAAGUAUACUUCAAUAAAACAAAUAAAUAAAAUAAAUAAAAUUUAUUUUAUUAAAAUAAAUAAAUCAAUCAAUAAUAAAUCAAUAAAAUAAAUUUAAAAGCACUGAACGACUCUGAUAAGACCAGCCCUAAACAUGUAAAUGAAUAAAAGCAUCAGCUAACUCAGAUAAUGAUGAACGUUAUGAAGGGGAUUUUAAAAGGUAUGGGGAAGUCAUUCUGCAUUUUACAUGAGUUAAUUUGAAUUUUAUGCUAACUAAAAUAGCCUGUUUGUGGCCUGUCAAACAUGCAUUGUACAUCUGCUUUAAUUAUUGAAGAAAAGGGCACACUGACCAGAAGUAAAGAAUGUGUUAAAAAGAAAGGUUAAAUGCCUCCCUUCCUGGGAUGCCAAUGCUGGUCCUCCCUCAAUAAGACUCCCUUCCCAGGUGCCAAGGCCAUACUGACUCUCUGUAUACUCGCUGUAUACGCGCUGGUCUGUUUUUGUUUAGUUUGGUUUUGGUUUUGAAACCUUGAAGAAAUGUACCUCUGACUUAUCUAAUGUUCUUUGCUCUGACAGUAUAUAACACUGUGCUGAAAACCAUGCUUCUCCCGAGAAAUUUCUCAGAAUAAUCUGGGAGGCUGUCUUCUGGGCUAUAGUCCUCAGUUUGGCGCAAAUAAAACUCUUUUCUAUUUUUAUUA